AUGUCGCUUAAAGAUAAAGUUAUAUUUAUUAGUGGUGCAUCGCGAGGUAUUGGUUUAGCGAUUGCUUUAAGAGCUGCAAGGGAUGGAAGUAAAAUUGUUGUAGCUGCAAAGACCACUACACCACAUCCAAAACUUCCAGGAACUAUUUAUACAGCAGCUGAAGAAGUUGAACGCGCAGGUGGAAAAGCGUUUCCUUUGGUAUGUGAUAUUCGCGAUGAAGAAUCGGUUAAAUCUGCUAUUGAGAAAACAGUAGAGAGAUUUGCUUCUGCAAUAUCAUUAACAAAUACUCAAGACACCACUUUAAAAAAGUAUAAUCUUAUGCAUGAAAUUAAUGCUCGCGGAACUUGGUUGUAUGCAUUGCCACAUCUUAUAGAAAGUGGAAAGAAUGGUAGAAAUCCUCAUGUUUUGAAUAUAAGCCCUCCACUAUCAUUAAGAGAAGAAUGGUUUUCAGGUCAUGUUGCUUACAGCAUGGCAAAAUUUAAUAUGUCGCUUAGUAUUUUGGGAUGGGCUGGUGAAUUUCGUUCACAUGGAAUCGCUGCAAAUGCUUUAUGGCCAUUAACAGUAAUUGAUACUGCAGCUUUAAAUGUUAUAGAUAUGAUGGCAUCUUCCAGGGCAAGAAAACCUGAUAUAAUGGUAGUUUUACGUGAAAAUGGACAAAAGAAAUUUGAUCAUUACGCUGCAAUUCCUGGUAAUGAAGAUAUACAAGAAGAUUAUUUUAUUGAGCCAGAAAUUUUUGAAAAAAUGAAAUCAUUAUGGAAAAAAGGAAAAACUUCAAAUUCAAAAUUAUAA